CAAAUACCGUGGUUAAACUAUGGUUAGUGUAGCGAAACCAUGGUUAAUUUGUAGUUUCCAUGUUUUAACUAUUGUAACCCUGUUUUUUUGGUUUAAUUUGUAGUAAACCAUGGUUAAUUUGCAUGAGGGAACACUAAUUAGGAGGCUCGCCUGUAAAAUCAUAAAAAAGCAAAUUAUAAAUUCAUAUAAUAACGCCAACUUCUCUAAGAAGAUGAUUGGUUAAUUUACCAAUACUAGCCAUUUCUUGCUUGCCAACCCAAUAACAAAGAGUAUACAGAAGCCAAUGGCGGAAGCGUGUAGCAAUGGAACGUUCUAUUGGCUUUCACUUCUUGGUCAGUUUUUAAGUGCUCUGCGUGGACACAAGCGAUGGGCGUGGCCGGAAGCGCUCAUGUUCAAGUUCACCGAGUAAAAUCGCGCGUCAUUUUUGUCCCGCGGACGCGACGAGUGUAAACCAUGCCUUCUGCUCGGACUUUUCGUUUGAGUAACACAAGGAAUGCCAGUUAUUCUGUCUGCAGGUGUGACAUGGAGAAUCCUGAGGCACCCAGAUUAAAUGUUGAAACGGUGAACAAGAUGCAUAACGAAGCAGAAGUCAAAGUCAUGAAGCCAAACUGUGUGGCAAAGCUGCUUCAGGGCCACGACGAGUACACCUGCAGCGUUUGCGGCGUCAGCACCUUCUCGCUGGCUCGGCUGAGCAAACACAUGCAGUUCCACGACCGCGAUCGCCCGUUUCCCUGCGAGCUCUGCGGCAAGCGCUUCAGCAGUCGCAGCCAUCACACAGAGCACCAGCGUGUUCAUACAGGCGCCCGGCCGUAUACCUGCGACCGCUGUGAAUGGGCCUUUACCACCCGCCACAACCUGAAACGCCACCAGCUCGUCCACGAUAAGAAGGAGACCUACAGCUGCAAUGUGUGUGGACUUCUCUUCUGCCAGGAGCAUCAAAUGGGCAACAUGACGAGCAUCAUGAGGGUCCAUCAUGAGCAACGCAGGCCUCAAAUCCAUCCAAAACUCAAGAAUAAAAACAAUCAGAAAAUGGACCAGAAGAAGAAAAUACACAAAAGCCUCAAGAAAAUUGGCAGAGAUGCUUUCGAAAGGCUGAACACCGGAAUCCAGAGGAUUGCUUAUGACAUUGAGGUUGUGUUGUGAAGAAUAUCGACUACAUUAGUGCUAGUCAACAUACUUUAGGCUUUUCUUGUGCCCAAUGUGAUUGCAUCAAUCACAAACAUGUCUUUUCGUUGUGUUAAUAAGGAGCAGGGCUGUUGGUUUUCCCAUGUAUAAUCUACAACAUCAGCCAGUGGAGCUUCUGCUCUGACAUUAUGUCUCGAUCAGAGUCGUUAUGCAAGUGAUGUAGUUUUGAUACGUCGCUGCACUCGUGUUCGGUAUAAACACAUUACAGUUCUAGGUGACAUGUUCUGUAUUAAUAUAUUAUUCAGUUGCGGUUUGGUCACAGGUGUUUGUUUUUCAACUAAUUUACUAAGUCUCAUGACAGUGUGCAUCUACUCAUUCGUUAUGAAAAAAUCAGUUCUUCUGGUUCAUGUUCUUCAAGUUCAAAAUAUAAAGAGAAAAGGAGCAAAGGAGCGUUUUUUUUUUUUUUUUUUUUUUUGAGACUGUGCACUUUUAGAUUUAAAUCCAUCAAUCUGUAGGAAACCAGAGCGGUUAAAGAAAGCUGUUAAAAACGGACGAACUGAAUGCUUAUAAAGGAGUCUGGAAUAUAGCCUAGCCGCUAUAGUAUAGCGAUGCAGAUCUAAGACAAUGAGGAGCAUUACUACAUGAUGUCUUAGGUGAUUUUGAAAUGGACAACAUUAUCCAUCAGAAAUAUACAUUCUGUGCAGUGCAUUUAUAUAAUGCUGUUCACUUAAGACUUUUACAUGAAGUAUUUUCUUAGAUUAAAAAGUUAUGCUUUUAUUAUUUAAAAUGUUUUUAUAUCGUCUUCUCAAGACCUGUUUUUGUUGUGCCUGUAUAAAGCACUUGAAUAUGACAUGUUUGAUUUAAAUUAAAAAAAGUUCAUGAUACUACACCAAAACUAAACUUUGUGAAUUUCACGCUCCCCGUGUAUUUGUUCUUUCCACUUUUACUUGAAAGUACACUCUUUGUUAUUAUUGGAGUUUGGCAUCGGUAAUACCAUAGUAACUGCAUGGCAAUGCGCUGAAUCGGAACACUCUGGCAUCAGAUGUGACUUUCACAGGUAAGUACCAAUCAUAUUUCAGCUCUUAGCUUUUGUGACUGCUCGUCACCACCACCAGAUGGCAGCACCUUCAGUCAGGUUAGAUGUGCACACAUUGCCUUGUUUAAAAAAAAUGGCUAGUGUGUAUUCUUUUUGGUGGGUUUUGAGUCAGCUUUGGGCUUGAAACUUUCUGGGACUUGGCAACCCUGUGUUUAACUGUCCUGUUCUUGUACUCCAGACGAUGCAUCAUUCUCAGGUUGUCAAAGUAACAUAUUGCUGUUCAUCUCGUGUAACGAUUCUGUAGCUAUUGUUUUUUAAGUGUAUAAUAACAAUGCAGUUGUGGAACCUUGAUUUGUGAGCUUUUCCUCCCAAAAUCCCUAAACCAUGCCAAAAAAACU